AUGUACUUGACCUCCAGGUUCAUCGUCCUGCUUGCAUGUGAGGGAGGUAGAAAUGUAAGCUUGCUUGGACAAUACUUAUCAAGUAAUCUAUCAACUUCACAAGGGAAGAAUCCGAGAACUGAAGGUUCCUCCAUUACUAAAUUGUGGGCACGGGAUCCAGACAACGAUACUCUUGUGUUUGGAGUUGUCGGGGAAGAAGCCAGCAAGUAUUUUGCAGUGGAAAGCGAGACGGGAGUUGUCUGGCUUCGCCAGACUUUGGAUAGAGAGGAGAUUUCAGAACUGCAAGUCGAGUUCUCUGUGAGUGACAAGCAAAGCGUGAUUAAAGGCAUUGUCAAUAUUCAGGUUGGUGAUGUGAAUGACAACGCACCCGUCUUCCACAAUCAACCAUACAGUGUCCGUAUCCCAGAGAACACCCCCACGGGGACACCGAUUUUCAUUGUAAAUGCUACAGACCGGGACCAGGGCACAGGUGGCAGUGUGCUGUAUUCCUUCCAACCUCCAUCGCGGUUCUUCUCCAUUGAUGGUGCCCGGGGAGUUGUAACUGUUCACAGACCACUGGAUUAUGAGACUACCCAAGCCUAUCAGCUCCAAGUCAAUGGAACGGAUCAAGACAAAGACCAUCCUCUCUCUACACUGGCUAACCUCGCAAUCACCAUUACUGAUAUCCAGGAUAUGGAUCCUAUAUUUGUAAAUCUUCCUUACAGCACAAACAUUUACGAGAACUCCCCUCCAGGUAAGACGGUAAGGGUUAUUACAGCCAUUGAUCAAGACCGAGGGAGACCACGAGGUAUUGGUUACACCAUUGUCUCAGGUAACACCAACAGUAUCUUUGCCUUAGAUUACAUCAGUGGAGCUCUGACUCUGAACGGCCCGCUGGAUCGAGAAAAUCCCCUGUACAGCUCAGGGUUUAUAUUGACUGUAAGGGGCACUGAACUGAAUGAGGACCGGACCCCGUCAAAUGCCACAGUUUCCACAACAUUUAAUAUAUUGGUGAUUGAUGUUAAUGACAAUCCACCAGAAUUUAACCGGUCUGAGUACUUCGUCAGUAUCACUGAGUUGGCCCAGGUGGGCUUCGCGCUCCCUCUGUUCAUCCAAGUACAAGAUAAAGACGAUGCACCCAACAGCAUGUUUGACAUCCAGCUCGUGGGGAACAACUCUGAGCAUUUUACCAUUUCUCCAACAUCAGGCCAGGGGAAGGUAGACAUCCGAGUGCGAGUGGCACUGCCUCUAGAUUUUGAGCGCAUCGCUCACUAUGAAUUCUCGCUUUUUGCAAACGAGACGUCCUCCGACCAUGUUGGUUUUGCUCGUGUCAAGAUUGACCUAAUCAACGAAAACGACAACAGGCCAGUGUUUAGCCAAUCGCUAUACAACGUGAGCUUGUUUGAGAAUGCAUCUGUUGGACUCAUCGUCGCUGGUAUUGUGUGCAAGAACUGCAUUCACCUGAGGACUCCCAGACUGUGUGUGGAGUUGGAAAAUAAUGCCCCUGAAAUCUAA